CAAUGGAAAAGAACAAUCAGUGCCAGAUGCCCAGAGUAAAACUGGGAACACAAGGACUAGAGGUUUCCAAGCUGGGUUUUGGAUGUUUGACACUGAGUGGAGUAUACAACAAGCCUCUACCAGAAGAAGAAGGGAUAGCCUUCCUUAAGUAUGUAUUCAAUCAAGGGAUCACCUUCUUUGACACCGCUGAUGUUUAUGGACCUUAUACUAAUGAGAUCUUGAUUGGCAAGGCAUUGAAGGAGUUGCCAAGAGAGAAGAUCCAAUUGGCAACAAAAUUUGGCGUUUGUGGUCUUGAUGAAAGAGGUAUGGGGGUUAAUGGGAAGCCAGAGUAUGUGAGGGCUUCUUGUGAGGCCAGUCUCAAGAGACUUCAAGUUGACUACAUUGAUUUGUAUUAUCAGCAUAGGGUUGAUCAGACUGUUCCUAUUGAGGAAACUAUUGGAGAAUUGAAGAAGUUGGUGGAAGAGGGGAAAGUGAGGUAUAUUGGUUUAUCAGAAGCCAGCCCUCAUACAAUCAGGCGUGCUCAUGCAGUGCAUCCCAUUUCUGCAGUUCAAAUGGAAUGGUCUUUGUGGUCUCGUGAUAUUGAAGAUGAAAUUGUCCCACUUUGCAGAGAACUUGGAAUUGGAAUAGUAUCAUACAGUCCACUUGGCCGGGGAUUUUUUGGUGGCAAAGGAGUUUCAGAAAGUGUUCAUGAACACAGCCUUCCACACCCAAGGUAUAGUUCUGAGAACUUGGAGAAGAACAAAGCACUGUAUGUGAGAGUUGAGAAUUUGGCUAAGAAACAUGAAUGCAGCACUGCUCAACUAGCUCUGUCUUGGGUUCUCCAUCAAGGGAAUGAUGUUGUUCCAAUCCCUGCAACAACUAAAAUCAAGAACCUGGAUAGUAACAUUGGAGCAUUACAAGUGAAGCUGACAGAGGAUGACUUGAGAGAAAUUUCCGAUUUAAUUCCUGUUGAAGAAGUCGCGGGCUCCAGGAGUUAUGAGUUUGAUGAAUCAUUUGGCUGGAAGCAUGCAAAUACACCACUUCCCACAUCAGCUUGAGAUUCAAGACCUUGUCUUGGUUGCAGAAUUAAGUUGAAGAAUGGAAACCAGAAUGUUUUGUUUAGGGUGUUUUGAUCACAGUAUAAUGUUAUAUAUAUAUAUAUAUAUAUAUUUAAUAAAGUGAAUGUUACUUGAGAAGCAAA